UGUUACGUGUGUUUGAAAUCCGGGCGGGACGUGAAAUGUGAUUUCACAAUGUCGGCCAGAAGAGGACCACACCACCAGGAGAGUAAUCAUGCUGUGCCCGCAGUCCGAUUGCCCGACAGGACCCCCCUGCGUCCCCUGCGCUGCGGGCCUGCGGCCGUGCAGGUGUCGCUCUCACCUGGGACCGAACUGCUCUCAUGCGGUGUCAACAUGAAGGCUGAAAUGGGAAAACACACACUGGAUCCAAUGGUUGUGAAUGGCACUGUGAUUCCUGGAGAAGAUGAGGACCAUUUCAAGGAAAAUGUUCCUGAUGUCCAGAAAGUCAUCCUGGAGUGUCUGAGUUUGAAGAAGCUGGCAUUGUCUCAUGAUGGUGUUUGCGUGAUGGCAGGGGGACAAGAUGGUGAAAGGGAACAAGGUGGUGAGGCUGAACGUUCAGAUGGCAUGACCGACGAAGAAAGUGCAGUGUCUGAAGAUAGCACUGAUGGGCGGUGUGACAACGAUGGGGUCGGCCACAUCACGUUAAAAUCCUUCAUUUGCACCGGAGUUGAUAUUGAAAUUCCCGAUAAUACCAGGUUUUCCGAGGACACUGUCAUACUGUUGGCUGAAGACCAUGCUGCUGAAAAUCAUUGGUCUUCUGCGCUUGAAAGUGAAAACCUUGGGAACUUUGAGGACUUCAUCCUUUCUUCCAACAGCAUGAAGCAUGAAGAUCACAAUUAUGGUCAAGUGGAAAAGUUCAUGAUCAAUGCAGAAAGUAGCCAGUUAGGGUUUGAACCCCUACCUGAUUUGAAUGAGUCUGAAGCAAAUGCUCCAGAGAACAGGGUGGAAAUUUCUUCUGAGAAUCCCUCAGAGUUCCCUAUGAGCCCAGCUGUACAGUUGAGGCUGUAG